UAAUCAUCCCUUAACUGUCCCUUAACCAUAGCCUUAACUGUCCCUUAACCAUAGCCUUAACUGUACCUUAACCUUGGCCUUAAUCAUCCCUUAACUGUCCCUUAACCAUAGCCUUAACUGUCCCUUAACCUUAGCCUUAAUCAUCCCUUAACUGUCCCUUAACCAUAGCCUUAACUGUACCUUAACCUUAGCCUUAAUCAUCCCUUAACUGUCCCUUAACCAUAGCCUUAACUGUCCCUUAACCAUAGACUUAACCAUCCCUUAACUGUUGCUUAACCUUAAUCACCCCUUAAGUGUCCCUUAACCUUAAUUAUCCCUUUGUUAAGCCUUCAUUAUCCCUUAAUUUGUCCCUGUUUAAUCCAUUUUAACCCUUAAAACAACUUUUGCAUUUGAAUAUGAUAGAUAUGAAAUGGUCCUUAACUGGUCCAUUUAAAUGAAAGAGUCCCUCCUCCCCCUCCUGUCUGUGUGUUGAUAAUGUUGUACUGAAUGCUAAUCCUUCAGAUUAGGUCUGUUAGCAGUUAGCAGAUUAGCGUCAGUUAAUCUCGGCAUGUCGGAGCGGAGGAACAACAUGCUGCUCUCAGUGCUGCUGCUGCUGGCCGGCUCAGCAUCAGCCUUUGUAGAGGAACUGGAUGACACGUGCACCCCUGACCCGGUUGGGAUCAAUCGGUCAAACUGGGAGCCGGGCCCCGGUCCACGUCUGGCAAAAGAGUUCAAGGUCAGAGGUUACCCCGCCAUCCUCAUGUUGAAGAAAAAUGUGAAAUAUAAUUAUUCAGGAGCGAGAACCAAAGAGGGGAUCCUGGAUUUCGCUAAUCGAGUCGGAGGGCCGCUGGUUCGAUCCCUCAGCAGCGCUCAGCUCUUCCAACACGCCAUGAGCCACCAUGAAGUCAUGUUCCUUUAUGUUGGAGCUACAUCAGAGCUCAAGGGAAACUUCACUUCCACAGCCGAGGAGUUGAUUGUUCACACCUACUUCUUCUCUGCCAACAGAGACGCGCUGCCAAAGGCGGUGUCGCUGCCCUCCCUGCCGGUGGUGGUGGUUUUUAAAGAUGGAUCGUACUUCCUGUAUGACGAGAAACGUGACGGAGAUCUGAAGUCGUGGAUCAACAGGGAACGGUUCCCUAACUUCUGCCUGAUUGACGCCCACACACUGUACGCCAUGGGAGACUCAGGUAAGCUGGUGGUGUUGGCGCUGCUGGAGCCAAGGAGUCGCAGUGAAGACAGCCACAGGUACAAAAGUCUGGUGGAGAAAGUGUCUUCAGACUACACAGAGAUAUACAGCAGGAGCUUUUACUUUGGAUAUAUGGAGGGCAGUGAUUACAUCAGUGGUCUGGUGAUGGGAGAGGUGUCACUGCCCUCCUUCAUCGUGGUGAAUCUCUCCACUGAUGGGUACUUCCUGCCUGAGGGGGGCGUGCAGUCGGAGCAGCAGCUGCUGGACUUCCUGAACGGAGUCCUGGACGGCAGCGUGGCGCCUCAGGGAGGAAACAGUGUCGACCAGCGAGUCCUACGCUUCUUGUUCGAGUCAAGAUCCUCACUGAGGCUGAUGUUUUCUAAGUUUCCCGUUCUCGGCUACGUCUUCAUCAGCGUCCCGUUCGCCAUCAUCAGCGCCUUCAUCUACGUGUGCUGCUGGAGGCGCAGAGACCCGAGUAGCGAUGAUGAGGACGACAACGACAAGAAGAAUGACUGAGGACGAGGGACGGACCACCUGGCAUCUCGUUUCUCCUGAACAGCUGUUCUUAUUUAACAUCUGUCCCUGUGGCGCUGUGUCUUUGAGCUGAGUCUUCAGAUGCAUCGUGGGUUAUUCCUGUCAUUAGUCCUUUUACUCCUGCUGACUUAUAUUUCUGUAGUUUUGAGCUUGUUCUCUUUCUGCCUUGGAUUUAUAAGACAUAUUUAUUUUAAAUGUAAUGUUUUUAACUCUGUAGAGACUUAUGGGGGUCCAAAUAAACCCCUGUAUUUAACGACU